AUGGCGAUGGAUCUGCAAAGCCCUAAUGAUGAUAUUGUACAGCAACGCACUAUGGCUUCAAUGGAGGAGAAAUUGCUGAAGUCCAGGCAGCGAAGGUCUCAUCCCGAACCUCACACCAUCUGUCCUUUUCCCGGUUCCCUUAUCAAAGUCCAUGACGAGAUCCGAUGGCCACAGUUAACAUCCUUCGGCCCUUGUCGCCAUCGCACGCACCGUUUUCUUCCCUUUGAAAAACGCAAGUUGGAUCUUCUUGACGAGUUUCUUACUCGGACAAAAAGAAAUUGGCAGUUCUACUAUGAGAGAUUGAUGAAUUCAACAGAUCAAAUAAAAAGAUGCUACUCUGAGGAGGUUGAUAAGCCUGCUGAUGAUCAUGAGCUUGUUGAAAUGAUGUUGAUCGACGGUUCUUUCAUGGUGGAGCUCUUCCUUCAAUAUGAAGAGGGUAAGGAUUUCACGCCGCCACCCCCAUGGUCCGUCCAAACUUUGAUUGCAGAUCUGCUGAAACUGGAGAAUCAGUUACCCUUUUUCGUUCUUGAGAACUUGUUCGAAUUGUCCACGGUUGGCCCCCCGAUCCGCUCUUUGUCUUAUCUUGCCUUAAGAUUUCUGAGUCAAGCUUUCCGCAAAUCUCCAGAAAUGGUGAAAGCCCAGGUUCGAAAGCCCAAGCAUUUACUAGACUUAUUCCGCCGGAGUCUCCUUCCGGCAACUAACUUAGAUGAAGAUUCACAACUAAGCAAGCACGAUCGUCCGAUGCACCCGAUUCAAAGCGUAAAACAUCUACGGACUGCAGGAAUAUCAGUAAGACAAAGGACAGCGAAAAGCCUCCUGGAGAUAGAUUUCAAAAAAUUUCAAAUCCCGCCUUUAGCUCUUAAAAUCCCGCCCCUCGCCAUUGAUGAUUUCACCAACGCUAUCCUGGUGAACUGUGUUGCUAUGGAGCAAUGCUUCACGGAUGAAUCCAAACAUUUCACUGCUUAUGUAUGCUUCAUGAGUUGCCUGAUGAAGCAACCCGAAGAUGUCGGAUACCUUCGUUCUGCUGACAUUAUCAAUGGCUUUUCGCGAGAUGAGGAGAGUUUCAUAAACAUGCUGAAUGGGAUUGGUACAAAAGUUGGUUCCACUUUGCGAGAAUGCUAUCUGUGUAAGCAAUUCCGAGAAAUUCACUGCUAUUACAACAGUUAUUGGGCAUCCAUUAGCCGCUCUUUCUUCCAAUACAAUCAUAUCAUGCUGUACUGUUCUUUGCUACAGAUUAUCGUCAGUAUUGUUGGCUGGCGUGUCUCUGGAAAUUAAGCUGCUUUCCUUGCUUUUCCUUUAA